UCUGUACCUUUAAGAUAAACACAGUCACAUUGCCGAGCAGGAGCAGCCCCUCCUAAUCGAGCGCCGAGCACGUCGAUCUCAACGUCUGACGCAAUCAGCGGCGACUAGGAACUGUGGGCUCGCUACAAACACGUGUACCGCAUCCUUCUACUUGAUUGGGUUCAUCAAAUAAGUCAGAAUGGGUGAUUGUCUAACCCCAGAGGCAAAGGUACAGCUUAUCACACGCAACCUACAGGAGGUUCUUGGGGAGGACAAGCUGAAAGAGAUCCUAAAGGAGCGUGAACUUAAAGUAUACUGGGGCACAGCCACUACAGGAAAGCCUCAUGUAGCUUAUUUUGUGCCAAUGUCAAAAAUUGCAGACUUUCUAAAGGCCGGGUGUGAGGUAACAAUCUUGUUUGCAGACCUCCAUGCCUAUCUGGAUAAUAUGAAAGCACCUUGGGAGCUACUGGAGCUACGCACCCGCUAUUAUGAGCAUGUUAUCAAAGCCAUGCUACAAAGUAUUGGAGUGCCAUUGGAGAGACUGCGCUUUGUUAGAGGGACGGAAUACCAGCUGAGCAAGGAGUACACUUUAGAUGUGUACAGGCUGUCUUCAGUGGUCACUCAACAUGAUGCCAAGAAAGCUGGAGCUGAAGUGGUGAAACAAGUGGAACAUCCAUUGCUCAGCGGGCUGCUGUACCCAGGAUUACAGGCCCUGGAUGAAGAGUACUUAAAAGUUGAUGCACAGUUUGGUGGUGUUGAUCAGAGGAAAAUUUUUACAUUUGCUGAAAAGUACCUUCCAGCUCUGGGUUACACAAAGCGGAUGCACUUGAUGAAUCCUAUGGUUCCUGGGCUUACAGGUGUCAAGAUGAGCUCAUCUGAAGAGGAAUCAAAAAUCGAUCUCUUAGAUUCUCCUUCAGACCUAAAGAAGAAGCUUAAGAAAGCUUUUUGUGAACCAGGAAAUAUAGAGAAUAAUGGUGUUUUAAGUUUUGUCAGGCAUGUUCUGUUCCCACUCAAGUCAGAGUUUGUUGUUCUUCGUGAUGAAAAGUAUGGUGGGAAUAAAACCUACACAGACUUUGGUGCACUAGAGAAAGACUUUGCUGAACAGAAUGUUCAUCCUGGAGAUCUGAAAGCCUCAGUUGAGAAGGCUCUCAAUAAAUUGCUGGACCCGAUCAGAGAGAAAUUCAAUAGCCCAGAGUUAAAGAAAUUAAGUAAUGAUGCUUAUCCAGAUCCCACGAAACAGAAGACAGCACCUAAAGCUCAAAAUAAAAGCACUGGCCCAGAGGAAAUUAUUCCCUCUCUUCUGGAUCUGCGAGUUGGGAAAAUUCUGUCUGUGAGCAGACAUCCAGAUGCAGAAACAUUGUAUGUGGAGACAGUGGAUGUGGGUGAAGAGAGUCCACGUUCUGUGGUGAGUGGAUUGGUGAAAUAUGUGCCCUCAGAAGAGCUGUUGGAGCGCUCCAUUGUUGUCUUGUGCAACCUUAAGCCUCAGAAGAUGCGUGGUGUGGAGUCACAAGGCAUGCUGCUAUGUGCAUCUAUAGAAGGCGAAAAUAAGCAGGUAGAACCACUGGACCCUCCUGCAGAAUGUGCUCCUGGAGAGCGGGUUUACAUUGAGGGAUUUGAGAAUGGAGAGCCUGAGGCAGAACUUAAACCUAAGAAGAAAGUCUUUGAAAAAUUGCAGGUGGACUUUAAAAUCUCAGAGGAUUUGUCUGCUCAGUGGAAAGAUAAGAAAUUCAUGACUAAGCAGGGGCCUGUGACCUGUAAAACACUACGAGGGGGAAGCAUUAGUUGAUUGCACCCAUCCUAUUCCAUCUAAUGGCUUAGAUAUCAUCAUUUAGUUCUUCGUUUAAAGAAUCAGACUUUGAGACAAAGAGUAUAUGUCCUGCUAUUUAUAUAAAGAGCUGCAUGUGACUGGGGCUGCAUCUGCACACACCAUUCCUACCGCCUGGUCUUAACCAUUGUAUACUGUCAAAUCAAAUAAAGACUUAUCCAUUUAAUCUUGU